CUCAGGCCGCGUAGGGGAGCAUUCACACCCCGCUGUCGGCGUUUAGCGGAUGGGGCUCUCAGCUUGAGCCGGAGGGAGGAGGAGGAGAAAGAUGAACGGUAACCCGUGUACCCGCAGGCUGGCCCGGCGCUCCAAGUCCGCCCUGCUGGUCGCCGCUCUGGCCGUCCUGCUGGUCCAGACUCUCAUCGUGUGGAACUUCAGCAACCUGGACUCUGCCGGCGGGGACGGAGGCGCCAGGAGCCGGGAGAAGAGAGAGGACCGUGCCGGGGGGCUCAACAAAGCCGACAGGGAGCACCCGCGGAGGGGGCUGCAGAAGAAGGGCGACCCGCCACCGCCGCUCGGAAAGGCGGCUGUUCGGCACAAGCUGCAGGCGGAUGUCUACCAUUCUCACCGGCCAAAAGAAAAACUUCGCCUGGACAGCAACAACAAUGAGAACUCAGUCCCCAAAGACUUUGACACCAUCGACAGCAACAGCAACCUGGGAGCUCGAUCACAACGCCAGCGAGUGCCAGUCGCAAACAUCAAACGCAAGCUUGACAAGGUCCAAGCACAAAGCAUGCUGGGAAAAUCUGCAAACGAAGUCCUCAAGUACCCUCCCAUCCAACCCAGAGGUUUGGGUCACAAUCAUAACCGAACCAACAUCCAUAAACCCCACCCUCAGGUGCCAACCAUCCCAGCACCGGUCCAGGGGUCCAAUCAGGAUCCACCGCUGUACCAGGAAAAGAAGUCAGCCACGGCGCUGCCACCUGGUUUGGAGCCGAGGAAGGAGCAGCCGCAGUGUGAGAUCAGUGGGAAAGAAGCCAUUUCUGCUCUGUCCCGAGCCAAGAGUCGCGAGUGUCGGCAGCAGAUAGUGGAGGUCUACUGCAAGCACAAAGAGAGGGCGCUGAUGCCUGAGAAAGUGCCUCGCUACUGCCCCAUAGAAGGUAAGGCUAAUGUGAAUGUACAGUGGGAUGAGGAGCCCUCAGAUGCUGCCCAGGUCAUGCCGGCACGGAUCGCCUUCGUCCUGGUCGUCCAUGGCCGAGCCUCUCGUCAGUUCCAUCGUCUCUUCAAAGCCAUCUACCACACCUCGCACUAUUACUACAUCCAUGUAGACCUGAGGUCAAACUACCUCCACAGAGAGGUCCUGUCUCUGGCUGGCCAGUAUCCCAACGUCCGGGUGACUUCCUGGCGGAUGUCCACCAUCUGGGGCGGCGCCAGCCUGUUGACCAUGUACCUACGCAGCAUGGAGGACCUUCUGAAAAUGAGUGACUGGUCCUGGGACUUCUUCAUCAACCUCAGUGCUGCAGACUAUCCCAUCAGAACCAAUGACCAGCUGGUGGCUUUCCUGUCCAAGUACCGUAACAUGAACUUCAUCAAAUCUCACGGCAGAGACAAUGCACGUUUCAUCCGUAAACAGGGUCUGGACCGUCUCUUCUACGAGUGUGACACCCACAUGUGGCGUCUUGGGGACCGCAAGAUCCCAGAGGGCAUUGCGGUGGACGGAGGCUCCGAUUGGUUCCUGCUAAACCGGCCCUUUGUGGACUAUGUGGUCAACUCCCAAGACGAGCUGGUCAGCAGCAUGAAGCGCUUCUACGCCUACACACUGCUGCCUGCUGAGUCGUUUUUCCACACCGUGCUGGAGAACAGCGCACACUGUGAGACCAUGGUGGAUAACAACCUGAGGCUCACCAACUGGAACCGCAAACUGGGGUGUAAAUGCCAGUACAAGCAUAUUGUGGACUGGUGUGGCUGCUCACCCAAUGACUUCAAGCCCUCUGACCUUCCACGCUUCCAGCAAGCGUCCAGACCGACCUUCUUUGCCAGAAAGUUUGAGGCCAGCGUCAGUCAGGAGAUCAUCAACCAGCUGGACUCCUACCUGUUCGGAUCGUACGACUCAGGCACCCUGGGUCUCCAUGCCUACUGGGAGAACAUCUAUGAGGAGGAGACAGAUGGCCUUGCCAGCCUAUCAGACUCCAUGCUCAGCCACUACCAUGCCUUCAGUCGCAUGGGACUGUCCCGCGCUGCCAGCUCACUACAAGGACACCCCAAUGACAACAGCUGCAGGUAUGUGGCCAUGAGCCACCCAGUGUCAGUCCACGUCUACUUCCUGUCAGACCAGUUCCAGGGCUACCUGGUGCGUCAUGUGGCCACUAACCGAGCCUCCACCCAGCUGGAGAGCCUGGAGACCUGGGUGACACCCAAAGACCACUUCACCCUAGCCAACCCACCCCACACCACCAACAGGCUGCAGCACGUCCAGGUUGGGGCAGACUGGGAUCCUAAGGAGCGUCUCUUCAGGAACUGGGGGGGUCUCUUGGGGCCCAAGGAUGAGCCGGUAGCUGUGCAACGCUGGAGCCGAAGCCAGAGCAACCUAACGGCCACUGUGGUGUGGAUCGACCCCACCAACGUCAUUGCUGCCACUUACGACAUCCUGGUGGACGCCUUGGCUGAGGUCACCCACUACCGACCGCCACUCACCUCGCCUCUGAGGCCUGGCUUGUGGACGCUGAGGGUGCUGCACCACUGGAACCCACUGGGCCAAACCAGCUUCAUCGUGGCACCACUCGAGUUCCACCGACAGCAGCCUUUACAGCAAGAGGACGGGCUACGGUUGCACGGCGGCCCAGCUAGAAACUCCUAUAUGGAGCAGAGUUUCCACGGCCUGAACCCGGUGUUGCGGCUGCCGGUGAGCCUAGGCGCUGUGGAGGAGGCUGAGGCCAACGCUGGGCUGACAGGGGCACCGCUGCGUCGCUGGCUGGACGGGCUGUUGGAGGGCCACUGGUCGGCUGCAGAUGUCUGCUCAAUGGGACCCAGCGUCUGUCCCGUCAUGCAGCGCUGUCGUCUCACUGCCUGGAGCUCCGCCAGCCCUGACACCAAGUCUGAACUGACAUCGCCCAGAGAGGACGGACGCAUCAGGUAGCAGACAGACAGACUGAGGGAAGAUGAGAGGAACAAAUGAAGGAAGACACGGGGCUAAUGUCCUGUUUGUUUCUGAUAUUUAUUUAUUUAAAGUUUGUGCAACGUGUGUGAAAGGAAAUGGAUGAAACUUUGGCGGCAGCGACGGGAAGAAGAGAAACAAACUCAAACAGUGGGGAAGUCUUCUCCUUCAGUCCUCAUUCAGUCUGCUGCUCAAAGCUGUGUGUGUGUGUGUGUGUGUGUGUGUGUGUGUGAGAGAGAGAGAGAGAACAAGAGAGAGAGAGGAUAAGUGUGUGUUGAAGCGUUGUGCCAGAAGAACUCUAUACCUCUUUUUGUGCGUGUUUUCCUGGGUUAAGGUGUGUGUGUUCAGAUGCUGAAAACACACCUGGUUGCUCAUUCUUAGGCCCAUUAUUGCGAAAAAAAUUGAUCACGGCUUAGUUAGGUCUCAAUGUCCUCAUUUUAAAUUUCCUAAUUAUAUUUUUAUAGUGAUCAUACUUAUUGUUUUCAGACUUUUAUCCCAAGAUGACCAUUUAAUUCAAAGGUUUAGUCUUUGAAUGCAACUUCCUAGUCAUAGGACUGAAAGAAAGUGAACACAAAAAAAGAACAAGAAGAACCUCAAGUCAGGCAUUAGGUGAAGCUGAAUUAGGAUGAUUUUGGAUGAUGUACAGGCACUUGCUGAAGACAGGUGACACAAGUUUGUAUUCUUUUUAAAAUUCAAAUUAAGAGUCAACAGUAAUGCUUUGACUUAUUGUCAAGGCUUUUUUCAGCCCCAGAUGUUACCAUGUACAAUAAUAAGCUUAAAACAUUAUUAAAAACUAUUUUGUGAAGAUCAAACUAUUAUCUUAAGAUGACAAAAUUAAGAUUAGAACUAUCUGUGGGGGCCUACUGAACUUAUUUUUGCUUUGACGGUCCAAUGGCUGAAACAUGAAUUAAAACAUGAAUACGGCUGAUAAUUUAAGUCCUCAUCACCAAAAUAUAAUGUUUGAGUUCUUGAGAUAAUGGUGCACUUAAAUCUUGGGAUAACAGGCCUGAAACACUAGAUAGUAACACUAUUUGUGUCCUUGAGAUGACAAAAUUCUUCAGCUGUGAUCCAGAUAUAAUGAGCCUUAGAAAAUCAUUAGCAACUAUGGAUAUUCUCAUACAGAGCCAGGUAGGUGUCAGGGGGGAAUUCUGAUACAUUUUUCACGCAAAUUACUAAAUUUCUGUUUACAUACAUAUUUCUUUUUUACUAUAUUGGGUUAGCCUCAUGUCUGAUGUUAAAAACAGCAGAGACCACAGUUAACAUUUCCUCUCUAACAACAGUCAGUGUUUGUUUCUUUUAACUAUGAAGAUGAUUUUUUUUUUUCACUACUACUGGAAAAACACUGUUUAACUGUUAGUGGUGGGGUAAGUACUCAGAUCCUUUACUUAAGUAAAUUUUCUAUUACCAAAAAAAAAACCCAAACAAAAACACCAUUAAAAGUAUAUAUUAUGUUCAGUUAAAGGUCCAGUGUGUAAGAUUUAGGGGGAUUUAGUGGCAUGUAGUUGUGAGGCCUGUAGAUUACAACCAGCUGAAACUUCUCCAGUUAAGAUUUCCUUCAGUGUUAAUUUUUCAGGAGGUUUCUACUGGAAGCCAAAUUAUCGAUUAUCCAUAACGUUCUUCCACUUGGAAAAACAACAACAGAUUCAGUAAUGUUAACCUGUAAAAACACAGAAUAAAACAGAUUUAUGUUACUAAAUUAGUGUUUUUCCAAAAACUGCUCAUCCUAGAGGGGCUGCUAACUACAUUGGCCGAUGCAAAAGUGAGGAUGGCCCUAUCUAGAGCCAGUUUUGGUUUGUCUGUUCUGGGCAACUGUAGAGACAUGGUGAUGCAGCACUGUGGACGCCACACACAUGGACCCGCUCCCUAUGUAGAUAUAACUGGCUCAGCAUGAUUCUUAUUAUUCUUAUUUUCAGGUGAUUAUACACUAAAGAAAACAAAUUUUAUUAUAUUCCUUUUCAGCCAAUAUAUUACUUAAGUCCUACACACCAGACCUUCAAAGCACAGAAGUGUUAGUAAGCAAAGUGCCAAUUUUGUAGAAAGGCCCCUUUUAAUGUUUGUCUUGAUAUUGGAUAUGGUAGGCAUAGGAUGAGCUGCGUCUUAAUAAACUGUCCUAUGUUUGUCUUCUUGUCAGGUGCAAAAGUCAGAGAAGGAGUCUUCCUUUGCUACAUUUUGAUAUUACAUAUAUAAUAAUAAUGGGUUUAUUACUGGUGGAAACAGCAUGUUAACAUGUAGUUGAUCAAGGUGGAGCUAAUUUUACUACUUUAUCUACUUUAUAUACUGUCGACAGGUUGUUAAAUCUAGCUGCUGUACAUUUAUGUAAAAUAUGAAUCUGCAAAGUAACCAAUAACUAUAGCUCUGGAUAGGUGUAGUGAAGGAAAAAAUUAUUUGUUUUCAAGGUACUUUAAAAUUGUACUUGAGUAAAGGUACUUGGUUACUUUCCACCACUCACACACCACCUGUUCAGAACUAGUUGAAACUUUUCUCCCCUGACACUGAGCAGCUCUGUAUUCUGCUGUUUGUUAUAUUCUGUGCCAUGUCUGAAUCCUUCAGACUUGAAGUGUGAGUCUCCGCUAUGCUGGAACCUCGGAAAAGAUUCACCUCCUCUUUUAUUUCACUUUACACACAUUUGUCAUCUGUUCUUGCUGUAGAAACUGAUGUAACUGUGUCAAUGCUUCAACAGCUAUGUGAGUAAUUUAUUCAGAAGUUUAUAUAAAACAUUUUCUUUUAUUUUCAUUUUUUCCUUCUUUUUUAGUCAGUGACUAAUAUUUGAUAUGCUGAUAUUUGCAGCGGGUGAGAUUUGUUUUUGUUUUUUUAGACAAAACAUCUGCCUUUGUUUCUAAAGGCCUUCCGGUGUUUGUCAGGACUGAUGGUAAAUGUUUGUGUUGGUCACUUUUGGGACUGGCCUCCUCUCCUCUGCCUUUUGACUCAUCUGCUCUCAUUUCAACUACUUUACAGCUACAAGUUUAUUACGACCAUGGAGCUGAGGUACAGCUACAUAUUUUAAAGGAGGAUAUUCCGAUUGGACGUUUGUGAGUCUGUCAGCAACAGUUACAAUAUUUUGUAUUAAGUGGUCUUUCAGUCCUUUUUAACGUAACUGUUUAUUCUCUAAAAUAAAAUAUAUUUUGCAAAAAAUAUAUAAUUGCAAAUGCUUAUCAGCAGUUACAAGAGCGAGGCCUUAGAAAAGUAUUUUGUAUUCUAUGCACCGAGACCCAAAAGGUAUUUAAUUUUUUAAUAUGGCACUACAUAAAAGCAGAAAAUCUUAUUUAUAGAGAUUUAAACUGAAAAAGGUCGAUUAUUACAUAAAUUGAUAAUAUUCUGUGAAACCAAUCAGCACGUUGUUUCAGAGCUUGACAUUUAAAAGUGUUUGAAAAAAUGUAGACAUCGCUGCAACAGUGAUUCAGUAUUUCUGUGUUAAAUUCAUAUCGCAAUGACCGCAACAAGUUGAUGGGCAAAAAUUAAAUCUGUGUACAACUUUUCAUAGUUUGUAUAUUUAUCUGAAUAAUCAUAUUCUAAUCCUUCCAUACUAAUCAUUACUUAUACAUGCAUAUAUUAUUUAAUCUGACUUUCCUAUGAGUUGAGUUUGAUGUAGCAGGUGAGAAGGCGGAGAGGAGGAGGCCACCCGAGACAUUUAGAUGCACCUUCAGAUUUCCAUGCUGCUCAGUGACUGACUUUGUGCCAAGACAUAAAAUAUUCAUAGCAAGUCUGGGCUGCACCAGUAGGGAUAAAGGUUACAGUGUGUGGUUUUUAAGACCAGAGCAAAACAGGUUUAUUAACAUUCUUAAGAGGGCUUUGCUUAUGGUUUUCUGGUGGUGGGACAUUGAUUCAACAUGUUAAGAAUUUUAGUGAGAAACACUGAACAUAAACAAUGCUGUUUAAUCAAUUCACAAAGACAACUCCACUUCAUGUCUAAAAUCAGUGCAAUAGUUAAACCUGUUAACUAACAUUUUAAUUUGGAUUAAAAAAAACAAUCAUAUUCUGCUCAUAACUGGAUAUAAUUUAAGAUCAAUUUGCAUCAAAAGGGUUUUGGGCUAAUAUUGACAGCCCCUUUAAGGCAAUAGUUAAUCACUUUGAGAAUGACUAAGAGUUGGCUGCUCAGAUUGAUCCCAAUCCCAUGUCUGUGCAGUAAAAGAUGAAGUAAAUCUGUGAACCCCAAACUCAGUUUUUGUAAGAAUAAGCUGCUUCCCCCUGCUUCUAGUCUUUAUGCUAAGCUAAGAUAAUCUACAGACAGAGUGGUGUUGAUCUUAUCAAAUUCUCAAUAAAGCGAACCAGUGUUCUACAAUGGUAGAAAUAUUACUUAAUUACUUUUAAUUCUGUGCCAAGCGUAACAUUAACCAUUUAUUUAUCCAAUUGUGAUUUGAAAGCAAACUAGUAGAAGGUAAUAUUAAAUUAACAAAUCUUAAUCCUUGCUGGUGCAAUCCAUCCUCACUUAGUUAUAUUUUCAUUACUAUAAAAACUAAUAUUUAAUUUUUUUAUUAUUAUUAUUAUUAUUAUUCCAGUGUGUGUAGUUGCCAUAUGACAAUAUUAUUGGGACCAAAACUGGAAAGUAGUGGGGGGCUUUCUUAGAAUGAACUGUCAGCACUUAAAGGACAUGAACAGUACGUCGUAUUUAUUCUAGAAAAGAUUAACUAUUAUACAUAUAAUUUAUGAUUUGAAAUGAUGGAUGUAUGCUGCAGAUGUUACCAGAUAUUUGUGGUUGUGGAUUAGCACAGUGUCAAUGACUUUAACGCUGAAAGAGCCAGUCUCUGUUAGACUGUACCAACGAUACAGUAGUGUACAGGAUCAGUCGUUUACUGUCACUGGAUUAAGGAUUAAUAAGGUUGUAAGAGAUACAGUCAGGGUAUUUUUAACCCUUUUGAUUUCAUAUCCAAACAAACAUUAACAAAAAUAAAAUUAAAUUUCUAAAUCCAUAGCCUAUAAACAACAAUGAAUUCUGAAUAGUUGUAUGUGGUGUGAGGGAUAAACAGGCUGUUAAGAUGUUCUCCACACAGACUGUAAAUCAAACUAAAGGAAGUCAAGUCUUACUGAUGUGCUGAAAUCAAAUGGUUAAAACCUGACUAGGGACAAAACUACAUUUAAGUUGUACAUGUUUUUAGUUUUGAUUUAAGUUCGUCUAGUUUAAGUCUUGCAUCAUUAAUUUCAGACAAAUUCUUAGAUUUAAAAAGAUUUUUAUUAUUAGGUUUUAUCAUUAUUGUUAUAACUAUGGACGCGUGCAGCUUUCAUGAUUUGAUCCAUAUAUACAGUCAUUUUAAAAAAAAAUAUUUUUGUAUGUCAGCAGUCAUUUCGGCAUAAUGUCAGUCUCCAAAAAAGUCCCAGAAAUUAAAACACUUUAGAGAAAAUUACAAAAAAAAGAAAGAAAAAGAAAUUAAAUUUUUUUCUGUUCCUGCUUGAUGUUGAUGUGAAAAUUAAGAGCCAUUUUAUGUCCGAUAGGUAUUUUUCAUAUGAUGAGUGAGUCGAUUGUUAAUCAGUAUUUUGUGAAAUACUCAAAAGACUAUGUACAGUUUUUAAGUUAAUGACAUAGAAAGGUACGGCUCUUUGGACACAGUGCUGGGAUGAUGGUGCCACAAAGAUCAUGUGACUGUUUUUCAGAGAUUUCUCUGGUGUGAAAGACAAAGAUGUUGAUAAAGAUUUCAGAUUCUGGAGGAAAAUCCCAGCUGAGAGGUUUUUUCUUUGCAUGCUUUUUAUUUUUGCCUCACACUUUAAUGCUGUUUGUUUCUUUUAUAUCCAAUACCAACCUAUGUUUUGUUUGUUUUCAGUGCCAUCUCUGAAGUAUUGCCUUUUUGUUUUAUUAUUUUCUUGCUUUUCGUUAUCAUUCUCUCUCUCUUUGGGAGUAGUGCUGUGCCUUAGCUGUACUCCUGUUUUAGGAAACCCUCUCUGAAAGCAUCAAAAACUAUCUCAAGUGUCCAAAAACAAAAACGAAUUGUUGUGAAUGCCUUAUAAAUGACCUUAGCGGUUUUGAAGUACAAUUUUUGAAAAUAAAACUGAAUCUCCCUUUA